UGUAAGGUAGAAGUGUAACAGGAACUUAAUUAUAUAAAUAAUAGCUAUCGGUUAAUUUCCCAUUGAUUUAUAAUCAGGCGGUACUGGGGUGGGACAACUUGAUUUCCUGCUCCACAACAAGUCAUCCAUUCAUAGGAACCUUUCUGAAGAAAGCCUACCUAAAAUGGUUUAGAUUGGCAAAGAGACCAGCUAACUCUGGCUUUGAAUAUAGGAAGAUUGAAACAUUAAUAGAGUAUACAAUGUAUGCAGUGUUCCUUUAAAGUGUAAAUUAAGUAUAUGUUAGUAAUAAUAAUGUAGGUCAUAUUAUUGUUAUUAUUUGUUUUGAACUAUUUCAGAUAUAAUUAUCAAAGGUAUUUGUUUUGAACUAUUUCAGAUAUAAUUAUCAAAGGUUCCCUGAUGACAAGGCAGAAAGAAGUAUAUCAAAAUGUGAAUAGAAUGACACCAGCAAUCUGGCAUAAAUUUCAUGAAUUAGAUAUUGCAGAUGUUUUUACUGAACUCAUCUUACUGCAAUCUAAAAAAGAAGACAAAGGAAAACAAGACAAGUCAACAUGUACAAAAAAAGAAGGCAGACCCACAUCAUUAACAGAGGCAUUAGAGGUUAUUAAGUCAACAGAUUCUUGUAAGGUAUUAAUAACAGGGGAGGGGGGAAUGGGUAAGACUACCCUCCUUAAAUAUAUUGCUCAUCAGUGGGCUACUGAUGAUGAACAUAUCCUUGCUGAUAAAUUACUGUUUCUGAUAAAUAUCAGGGAAAUUAAAGAAAGUAAAUCAUUCUUGGAGAUAAUUAUGAAUGAAAUUAAUUCAAAAGAAUUAAUUUAUAGGAACAAUUUGUCAUGUGACUCAUUUGACCUAGUUGAAAGGUUCUUGGUCACACAUGACAAUGAAAUAAUAUUUUUGUUAGAUGGAUAUGAUGAGUUAGAAAGAAAUGCUAAAGACCCAAUUGAUCUAUUUAAAAAAAGAGAAUUGCGAAAAAGCAUGGUAGUGAUAACAUCUCGACCCGACAACACAGCUGAUUUGAUUAAAUACUGUGAUGUACACAUUGAAGUGAAGGGAUUCAGUCAAAGUAACAUAAAGAAGUAUAUUCAAAAUUAUUUUCAUUCAAUCAGUGAAAUAGAAAUUGGUAAUUCUUUAAUAAAAGAGUUUGGACUUGAUUCAGAGAGUAAAUGGUAUUGGGGUGGUAAUCACAAAGAAGCAUUUGAAUUGUGCUCCUCUCCACUGUUAUUGCUUCAUAUUUGUACCAUAUGGGAAGAAAAACGUGUUCUUCCCACAUACUUGACCGAUCUUUUUAAGGAACUCAUUUGUUGUAUUUUAAAUCAGUAUCUAAACAGGGCUGGCAUAAAAUCGGUAAUUGCCAAUUUUGAGAGAAUUCCAGAUCAAUACAUAUCUGCCAUUUUAAUUUUAGGAGAGUGUAUGUAUAUAGGACUAAAGGAAAAUACACUGUCUAUUGACAAAUUUGUUUUGUCAAAUAUGGCAAAGGAUAAAGAAUUAUUAAAUUUAGCACUGGCACUUGGGUUUGUUUAUAAUGAUACCCCUGCUAAUCCAGGGAAAGUAAAGGAGAUGUACACACCCCCACAUAAAUUAAUUUCAGAGGCACUAGCAGGGCUGUACCUGUCUACAGAAAUUCAGAAAGUGAGUUUAAAGGUUGAGUAUGAGGAAAUCAGAUGUAAUGCUUAUUUGAAUAUGACGAGGGUGUUUGCAAUAGGAUUUUUAGGUGCUGAUGCUGAUAAGUUGCUGAAACCAUGGUUAAUAAUCAGGGCCUCAAAUUAUCGCUCAAUAGUACAAUGUUUAGGACAUGUAAAGAAAGAGCAUGAAGAUAAUAUUCUAGAGAAAUUGGAUAAGCACAUGUCCAACGAUAUGAAAGCACAUAGUGAGCAAAUGUUGGAGUCAUUUAGAAGUCUUAUAAAUGAUGGCAUAGGCAUAUCAAGUAUGCAUUUAUUCAAACUCAUGAAAAGAUGUAGCAUUGAAUAUGAUCCUUACAGUCUUGAAGCAGCAGCAGUAUCUUUGAUAAAAAUGUGCAGGGAAAGGCGGUGCCAACUUGUUGCACAUACCUUAGUGUUAUUACAAGUAAUAGAUCAGCAACAUAAACCAGACUAUCUACUUAAAUAUAUUUUAAAAUGGGAAAAUGAAGAAUGCAAUUUACUUUCAGCUGAGAUGAAAAAAAAUCAUUUUAAAUAUAAUUUGACUUCCAUUGGGUUUCAUUUUCCACUGAGUUCAGCAUUCUUAAUUCAUUUCCUUAAAUAUGCAAGUAACUUAGAUAGCUUGGAAUUAUCUAGUUACAAUAUCCAAUAUGCUAGUCACACAUUGGUCACAGGUACUAUACUCAAUGCAGUUAUUAAUGAUUUGGACAAUGCCAAUAUAAAGUUAGAAUUAGAAACACUUGAUAUUAGUGGCAAUGAUCUAAAUGAUAUUGAUGGAACAUUACUGGGAAAAUUAUUUAAAAUAGCUCCUAAAUUAAAACUUCUAAAUGUAACGGAGUGUAGGCUAUCAGGUGGUACUUUGAGGUCAAUGAUCACAGAAUGCCAGAACAGUGAAGAUACACUAGACCAUGUUUUGAAACACUACAGGCUUGUACUAAAGGGCAAUAACCUUUCAGAUAUUGAUGGUACAUCAGUUGCUGAUUUAGUCAGGGUAAAUUGUCUUUAUAGAUGUUAUAAUUAUUAUGAUGGUGGUGGUGAUGAUGAUGAUGGUAAGGCUACAAUUUUCAUUCUGAGUGAUUAUUCUCUUACUUUUGAUAACAUAGAAAAGCUUGUUGAAUCAGUAGGUGAAAAUAUAACAAUAGAUUGGUAUACGAUAAAUAUGAGUAGGAUUAACCUGUCUUCAGUAAGUGGAAUAACAUUAGCUCGCCUAUUUAAAAUCUGCCCAGAGCUGAAUGAUAUUGACAUGAGUAACUGCAGUUUAUCAUGCAGGAUUGUUAAUGAAAUGAUGGAAGAAUGUUGUAGGAUGAAUGUAGUAUUGAAAGACAAAAUGCUUAUUCUGACGGGCAAUGACUUUUCAGAUAUUGAUGGUAAAUCACUUGCAGAGUUAGUCAGGGUAGUUACUUGUAAAGUUGUAAGGUUAAGCAGAUUUGAUCAUAGAAGUAAGAUUGUAUUCAAAUGGAGUGAUUAUUCUCUUACAGCUGAUAAUCUAGAAAAGCUAGUAGAAUCAGUAGGUGAAAAUAUAACAUUGAAUUGGCAAGUGACAAAAUUGAGUACGGUUAACCUAUCUUCCAUCAGUGGAAAAACAUUAGCCUGCCUUAUUAAGAUCUCUCCAAACCUGAUCCAUAUUGACAUGAGUUUCUGCAGUUUAUCAAGCAGGAUAGUUAAUGAAAUGAUGGAAGAAUGUUGUAGGAUGAAUGUAGUAUUGAAAGACAACAUGCUUAGUCUAAAGGGCAAUGACCUUUCAGAUAUUGAUGGCACAUUACUUGCAGAGUUAGUCAGGGUAGUUAGAAAGUCUUGUGAAGUUUUAAAGUUAAGCAGAUUCCAUCAUAUUAAUAUGAAUGUAUUCGAAUGGAGAGAUUAUUCUCUUACAGCUGAUAACCUAGAAAAGCUAGUAGAAUCAGUAGGUGAAAAUAUAACAUUGAAUUGGCAAGUGAUAAAAUUGAGUAAGAUUAACCUAUCUUCAAUCAGUGGAAAAACAUUAGCCUGCCUUGUUAAGAUCUCUCCAAACCUGAUCCGUAUUGACAUGAGUAACUGCAGUUUAUCAGGCAGGAUUGUUAAUGAAAUGAUGGAAGAAUGUUGUAGGAUGAAUGUAGUAUUGAAAGACUACAUGCUAAGUCUAAAGGGCAAUGACCUUUCAGAUAUUGAUGGCACAUCACUUGCAGAGUUAGUCAGGGUAAUUUGUCAAUUUGAUUUGGAUUAUUAUUAUGAUUAUAAGAGUGGCAUUUUCAGUUGGAGUGAUUAUUUUCUUACAGCUGGUAACCUAGAAAUGCUGGUUGAAUCUGUAGGUGAAAAUAUAACAUUGAAUUGGGAAGUGAUAAAUUUGAGUAGGAUUAACCUGUCUUCCAUCAGUGGAAAAACAUUAGCUCGUCUGUUUAAGAUCUCUCCAGACCUGGACAAUAUUGACAUGAGUUACUGCAGUUUAUCAGGCAGGAUAGUUAAUGAAAUGAUGGAAGAAUGUUGUAGGAUGAAUGUAGUAUUGAAAGACA